UAAACGUGCAUCUCUCAGAACAGAACAAAGAAGACGUCUUUGCAAACUUGUUAGCUGUUAUCAACCGGGGACUCUAGACCGCACCCUGUUUAGUGAUAGCCAAACAUCCCAAAAGAAAACUGUGAUAAACCCCCACCCCCUACCCAAACACACCUCCGCGUCGCAAUUUACUUUCUGUAUUUUUUUCUGUUUAAAUUUUGCAGAGAACCUACGGAGGCGCUGCUCCUCCCAUCUGAUAGAACCUCCUUAAAACUUUUGCGGACAUCCCACUUGCCCUUCUUGUGAAAUCUGCAGGUCCUUGCUUGACAGAGAGGUUGGUGGGAGCAACGACCAGCUGGCUAAAUAAUCGGAUCGGGGAAGAAUUUGACGGUUCGCGUGAGAGGCGAAAAUGGAGCGGAGCUGAUGCGUGCCUCCACUACAGCAGUUUCCUCGCAGGACAGAGGGGUUGGGUGCGCCUGUAGCCCCCGGAACCGUGUAUCCCUCUUAUGAGUUGACUUCUUUAGUAUAUUUGUGUUGCAAUGCUGGCUAAGCCUGUCCCAUCAUUGCUUCUUCUCUGGGGUUUCUGCCUCGUAACAGAAAGCCUAAUUAGCAACUUUAGUAUGGACAGUGAGGUCCACUCGAGUUUUAUUCACCGGCGGCUCAGGAGUCAGGAGCGCAGAGAGAUGCAGAGGGAAAUUUUAUCCAUCCUUGGACUGCCUCACCGUCCUCGGCCUCAUCUUCAUGGCAAACACAACUCGGCUCCAAUGUUCAUGCUGGAUCUAUACAAUGCCAUAUCAAAUGAAGAUGAGGAUGAAGGGUUUUCUUAUCCCUACAAACCAAUAUUUACUACCCAGGGACCUCCGCCUGGCCACUUACAGGAUAACAAUUUUCUGAGCGGCGCUGAUACUGUCAUGAGCUUCGUCAACCUCGUGGAACACGAUAAGGAAUUUCAGUCUGUGCAACGACAUCAUCGUGAAUUUCGUUUCGACUUAUCCCGUAUUCCAGAAGGGGAAGCAGUAACAGCUGCAGAAUUCCGUAUAUACAAAGACUUCAUCCAUGAGCGAUUUGAAAACGAGACCUUCCAGAUCAGCAUUUACCAGGUCUUGCCUGAGCACUCUGACAGGGACUCUCAACUGUUUCUUCUGGAUUCCCGAGUCAUCUGGGCUGCUGAGGAGGGCUGGCUGGUGUUUGAUAUUACUGCCACCAGCAACCACUGGGUUCUGAAUCCGAUGCAUAAUCUGGGGUUACAACUUGUCCUGGAAAAUGUCGACGGUCAAAGUAUCAAUCCCAAGAUAGGAGGUCUGAUCGGACGUCAUGGCCCUCAAAAUAAGCAGCCUUUUAUGGUGGCCUUCUUCAAAGCCACUGAGCUUCACAUUCGCAGUAUUCGCUCAGCACCUGGCAAGCAACGCAACCAGAAUCGCUCAAAGAGUCCAAAGACACAGGAAGCACUGCGGGUUUCUAGCUUUGCAGAGAACAGCAGUGCAGAUCAACGACAGGCAUGCAAAAAACAUGAACUUUACGUCAGUUUCCGUGAUCUGGGAUGGCAGGACUGGAUUAUUGCUCCUGAAGGCUAUGCAGCCUAUUACUGUGAGGGCGAAUGUGCCUUUCCUUUGAACUCCUAUAUGAAUGCCACCAACCAUGCUAUUGUUCAAACACUAGUUCACUUCAUUAACCCAGAAACAGUUCCAAAGCCCUGCUGUGCACCCACACAGCUGCAUGCCAUUUCUGUUUUGUACUUUGACGACAGCUCCAAUGUCAUUCUGAAGAAGUACCGUAACAUGGUUGUCCGGGCCUGUGGCUGUCACUAGCACCGAUUCUCAUCUGGAGGAGACUGAAUAGAGAGUUAAAGGGAUAAAAAGACUGUGGAUUGUGGAUGAGGCAAGGGAGAUCGGACUCUUGGACAUGUGCACUCCAGGCUGCUUUCACUGCAGACCACCUCACAACACAAACUUGCGCACCCUGCAGGAGGAUAUACAUUUGGUUUUGUAUUUGUUACAUGUGAUCAGAGGGGUUUGUGCUCUUUGAAAAGUUAGGUGUGCUGAAAACAUCGUGUCUGGCAGAGAGUCAAAUGGACUCUUUGAAAAAUUGUUUUUUUUUUUUAAUGAAUAUUUCGCAAAACCUUUUAAUGAAUGACAAGAGACCCAUCAGGUGGCAUCCUACAUAUUGUUACUUUGGCCAGAGUUUUCAUUUUAAAUACCAAGUUAGAGUGAAUUCUAGUAGAGGCAAUUCUUGCCUUUAGAAAGCAUGAGAUAGUUGCACGCCUUCAUUUGGGACCCGUCCUCACAGUCCAGAAACGCUAAUGAUGCAUUCGUAUGUGUAGGUGUCUGGCACUUGCGUUUUCAUUACUCUCAUCUUUGCUCUUCGCAAACGAUGGAGGAUUUGCUCCCUUGCUUUUUGGCUCGGACAUCUUUCAUUCUGGAGGUGUUUUCCUGCUCUGUCAAAUCAGUGCGUACUCAUUUUAUUCUGCUAGUACUGCACCACCCUCUAAUUUUAAACAAGGAGGAGUUAUUCCCAGGUACAUUAACACACAUUGUGGAUGUUAUACCCUUGUUUAAAUAAGUAUGUCAUAAAAAAAAAAAAAAUAAGACAACAUUUAAAAAAAUAUAUAAACCAACACAAUUCAGAGGAGUGGUGAUGACCAUCAGAUAUCAGCACACAUUUGUUACUAAGAGGAAUGAAACAUCAUCCUUUACUAACCCUUUCAAGGCAUAAUCAACACAUCCAUCCCAGUCAUUUGCAGGUGGCAUAUCAGUUCAAUGCCUGACUGCUUUCUGUUCUGUUUUUUCUGAUCCUGGGUUUGUCGUCUAAAUAAAACCAUACGGAAACCACCUAUUCACAGGACGCCCGCUUGCUACUAAAUAACAAAAUAUUAAGGUAGUGUAAAUGCCCACCUGCUGUAUAUGGGUGUGUCAAUUAUUAGCAACGCAUAGGUUUCUCUUAUUAUAGUGUACUGUAUUUACAUUGUAAUGGCCUGCCUAAGUACACAGUGUAACUCGGCCUUAUUACCAUAUACUCACGGUGGAACUGGAGGUGAGAAUGGAAUGAGAGUUGGCAACCUUUAUGGUGCACAUUAAUCAUGACUAGUUACACUAUAGACUGUUCAUAUAAAACAGGGUGUCCUAAAAUUAUGUUACCACUCUUGCUUAAAGGUUAUCACCUUUUCAUACUUUUUUGCAAAAAAUUGUAACAACAAGUAAAUAUAAAAUACACAACGUUGAGGAUCUGGUAAAUGUUAAAUGCAACUUUCAACUGAGAACAUACAAAGUGCUCUAAAGAAAUGGCCUCGCAGCUGUAGGCUGAAAACAUGGUUCCUUUGUAAAUUGAACUGUAUCUUGAAUUUCACACAUUUGGAAUUGACUUACUCUGGUCGCAAGUCAAAUGGCACCCUCAGAAGUCUUACCUCCUCACUCGUGUUAGGCUCUGGAGCAGCACCACAUUGAGUGGCUCAGUCGGGUUUGAAGAUGGCUGCAGUGUUGGCUGGUUCGAUGGUCUGAAGGUGUCGUUCCCCUUUUCAUGCUGCUCUUUCGUUGUUGUGCUUAGGGGCCAUCAGUAUGCCAUCACAUUUCUCUCGUUGCCUUUUGCCAUACUUUAGAUAUAAUGUCAUUUUUAUAACUUAUUUUUGCAAAUGUGAAGCAUUAUUUUAGGACACCCUAGAUUACUAAAGUAAGCUGAACAUGUGCUUCAGAGAAGCUAAAAAAAUCAUCUCUAUACAGAAUUAUUUUACAUAAAUGAUAUUUUUAUAUUUGUGAAUUAUUCUUUAUUUAAAUAUGAUUCUAUUUAGACUCACGUAAGUGUUUGUUCAAUCAGGUCAGCUGAGGUUAUUUAUGCCAUACGUGGAUGUUUGCCCUCAUGCCCAAUUUUGUGCUCUCCUCUCAAUUCAACUUUGGAUUUCUGCUGGUUACAGUCAUGGCUGCAGUUACUCUUUAGUUGUUAAUAUGUCUAUUCUUUAGAUUUUUAGCCAAAAAGGAAAGAAAAUAUGUUUUUUAUAUCUCAGCAGACAGUCUUAAUAUCGGGCAAAGUCAGCCAGCAAAACUCCUCCUGUUCAAAAGGGCUUGUCACUUUUUGAAAAUACCUCCAUUUCUUGUGUCACACUAAACAUAAAUUUUGCCUUAAACAUUCACCAUUUCUUAAAAGAUUUCAUUAUUUUAAUGCAGUUUUAAAAUUAUUAGAGGGUUAAUAUUUAGUGGCCUGACAGUUCCAGGGACCUGGGUUCAAACCCCAAUAUAAUUACUCAUUUCUGUGUGAAGUUCUCUGUGCAUCUCUAGACGUUUUUCUGGGGGUUUUCCUCCCACAUCUGACAUUAGUUUGACUGGUAACUCUGAACGGGCCCUGUAGGAGUAAGAAUUGGUGAGUGUACGGCAGUGAACGGAUACCCCAUCCAGUACUGUUUUGUGCUUUGUGCCUGGUGUGGCUGUGAUAGGCCCAAGGCCUCCAUGUGAAUCUCUACUGGAGUAGCAUAACAGAAAAUCUUAGCCCCAGUCAGGGUCACGGCCUGUCCCAGUAGAACUGGAGGCGCCAUAUCCAUCACACUACUCUUUAAAAUCAAUAAACAUAACCCACAAAUCUUUUGGGAAUUACAAGGAAAACCAGACAACCCGGAGGAAAACUCACACAGGCAUGGGGAGAAGGUGCAGAUUCCGCACAAGCAAUAGCAGGGCAUGGGGUUUCAACCCAGGGAGCUGGAAAUGUGAGUUACCUUCAUGUGCAAGAAUCAGCAACUUCAAAACAAGGGAUGGACGGAUUGCUUUAAAAUGAAGGAUUCUGGUAAUAUGCUCAGUCAGUUAUAAAGUGAUAAUUUAAAAUAUCAUUCAUUAAGUAUAUUCCAGGAUUGUUUCUUGACCAUUUCUACGUUCCACUUGUCUCUUUCUUUUUUUCCCCACAAGUCUAUGGCAGAUUUUCUUCAUCAGUUAAUGUACAAUAUUGUGUAAAUAGUUGUUAAGAAUCAGAAAAAAAAGUAUUUAUUUCCACUGCUGGAUUUGAAUGCCACUUCAAGAGUUUUAAUGCAAAAGGAAACUCAAGGUAGACUCAAAGAUAAAUGUUCCUGCUGAAAACAAACCACUUUCCUAUUUAAAAAUAAAUAUUUAUUAAAACAAGUUUGAGAUGGAAAGAUGUUUGUGCACAGUAAAGAUUUUUUGCCAUCUCAUAUUUGUGAUGUAUUUGUACAGAAACAGAUCAAUAAACAAGGUUAAAGUGUU